GUCUUAUUAUCCGCCAAGCUUGCUUGGCAAAGGCCGUGUGCCGGAGGACCAGUAGAUAGAGUUAGAGAGCAUAGCCAGAAAGUGUAUAUUUACUCUUACUUUUGUAGUUGUAUAGCCCUCCCUGCGAAUUCCCAUGUCAACGAUAAGGUCAAAGACGCACGACGUCUCCGGCAGGAACCUCGAGGCCUGGAGAGGAAUAGUAGAUGCUUUCAAACGUCGGAGAAAUUCAGCCUCUACAACGAACAAGCACCUAGAUACUUUGGUGGCUUUGCUCGACUCGGCGCUGAAGCCGUCCCAGAAUGCCGUUGCGCAACUGAGUGCGUUCAGACGAGUAGGAACUUCAAUAGGAAAAGCCGCGCAGGAUAAGGAAAUAACGCAAACCGACCGUCUCGAAGUGUAUCGCUUUCUAGACGAAUGCGUACUACCAGGGGCUUUGGACCGCCACUUCACGCCGUCCGCCACUACCGAGGCUUCUUUCAGAGGUGCUAUCUUUGCCCUCUUCGUCAGGUCGAAUGAAUAUGUGGAUCAAACACCCCCCGAGAAUCUUGCAUCUCGGUGGGAUCGCAUGUUGGCUCGCUCACGGUUGCAGAAUCGAUACGGGGAAUUCCUUAAGGAGUUCGGUUCGUGCUCAGUGGCGUCCGGGCAAGAUCCAACCAUCUUGACGGGUUACUGUGCCGUCGUUCUCGCGACACAUGAGCGGAAUGUCGCCGGAAAAGCGAUUUCGCUAGAGACCUACGAGGAAACGCUGGUCGUCCUUGUUACACAUCUGAAUGAGCUCAUUAGGCUCAUCAACACAGCGAGCUCGACGUCAGACCAAUCCUUCGAUGCAUCUAAUGACCUUCAUCUCAAUGGCACCCAAUCUACCUGUGCGGAUCUGUUGAAGACGAUUACUGCCCUUCUGUCUCGCUUUUCGGAAGCGGUGCACACGACUAUGCAGGGCGGAGCAGGGACGCGAGAUGGAAACGAGACGAUCCGAAAACUCCUGGAUGCUGCUGUAACCAUUUGCUUCACGCCAAACUUUUCAAGAGACGCACAGUUCAUGGCCGGCUUCCUGAUUGCCAGUCUGCUCUACAACACGAGUCCGGUAGGAGCAGUACAAACUCUUUUUGGAACCGGCCUAUCUCUUGCGAUCCCAGCCCACGCUGCCAACAAGCCGGUUUGGUACGAGGACGAGCGGUGGGACUACUCCACAUUAUGCAUUUUUCGCGGACUCUUGACGACGUUCAAUGAGCGCGAUAUGUUCCUCACCGUACCGAACAGUCAGCAGAACGCGUUGACGUUGAUCCUGGAGAAGACCCUACGAGUUUGCGAUUCCUCAUCUGACGCCGCGACCCGUAUCCUGGCCUUCCAGACCCUAGCGGCAUGGCUCACCGCCGCUCGCAGCAUCCUCGCCGGCAAAACUGCCGACGCAACACAAGAUGAAUUGACUCAGGUCAUCCAACUGAUCCAUGCGUCCACGUCCGACAAGAUCUUCGCCUAUGUCUUCAACGGCUGGGAGGACCAAUGCGACGCGCUGCAGCAUAAACUGAAAGACGUCCUCGACGCCCUGCUUGAUUUGCUGCAUGUCGGCAGCCUUUCUGAAACAGCAAAACCGCACAUCGAACACAUGCUGCACGCCCUCCUCAACGCAGACUGGCACCGCAAAGUCAAGUACGAUCUCCUCUCCUUGAUGCUAUCAAAGGUUCGCCCGCACACCAUCAUCCAACUACGAUCCAAAUUCUUGGACAACUGCUUCGAAGUCAUGACCAACCCCAUGCUAGCGAGCCGCGUCACGGCGUUCAUCAACAGGUUCCUGAAAGAUGCGUUUGCGGAUAUACCCAAAGACCAGCGGAGGAAUCGCCAGGCCAACGAGUUCUGGGUAGCACCCGUCUGUCGCGCGUUGACCAACCAGAACCAGGUCGUCCGCAAAUUUUGCAGCGAGAAUAUGACAACGCUGGUUAUGAAGGAAAACCCGGCCUCGUUUCCAUUGAUCCUCGACACGUUGGAAUCCUACCGGCUAUCAGAUACCUCGACAACGAAAACGUCGUUCAGUUUACACGCAACCAUCGCAGUUUCCAAAGCCGCGCGAUCCCUCGACCUCAUCAAAAUCGACGCCUUCCUCGCGGAGAAGGGCGAUAUGGUCGACCAAGCCAUCAGCCACCCGGACCCCAACCUCCGCAUCGACGUCCUCGCCCUGCUGUGCGAAGCCCGCCAGCAGACCGCGGAUUUCAGCUCAGAGGAAUUACGAACACUCCAGCAGUUUCUGCUCAUCAGCCUUGACUCGCAGUCACCGGAAUUCAGACAACGUGUGCAGACCCAUCUUGUUAAAUUGUUGCGACGGCUACGACGCGCCAUGUAUGCGAAUUGGAGGGACUACCUCUCCCGGAAAGCCUUCAUUGAUCACUCUGAGGAAGUCGGUGACUGUCCACCGAACUUAUCCGAGAUGCGAACAGCGGCAACCGAGCUACUAGCAAAACUAGACAUGAAACGAGACUUUGUAAGAUGGCUAAUCGAUACAACCGUCGCCUCCCUCUUCCCCGGCUGCUCCUUCCAGCGCACAUCCAGCAACCUCGCCCUCAUGUCCACCAUCUUCGACUCCGAAGACACCGCCAUCGACGUCACCGCGAAAGUCACCCUCGCUGAUAUGCCGGAUUACCCCGUCCUAGGCACCCCCCGCACGGUCCGGGCGCUGAUUGGGAUCAUUUGCAAUGACACGUUCACGCCGAAUAGGGAGCGUGCGUAUGCGCUUUUGGUGAGGUUGCCAAGUCCGCUGCCGGGGUAUGAGGAUGCUGAGGCGGCGGGGGAGUUGGUGAGGACGGGGGUGGAGUGGGUGGCAAGUGUGAAGUCGCAUCAGAGUGAUACGGGGGCGAUGGUUGUGAAGCUGGUGUUUGAGAAAUAUGUUAAAGCGCUUGGGUGGAGAUUGUCCCUAACACGGGUUGGCGAAAUGACGGACACGGGGAGCCACGACCCCACGAUUUUCUUCGUCCGGCAGCUCGUGGGAUUACUUACGCACAACAUCGCUAUCGCCAAACGCAACCUGUACCAAAGCGCAACAGCCUACCCAAUGCACGGCCUCUUCCGCGCCCUCCACAACAUCCUAUCCGAGAUCCCCUGGGCCUCUCCCACCGUCCAUUCCCACACCAUCGAGUGGAAAUCCCUCGUCGCCGAGAUCUGGGAGUUAGUCAGCACCGCAUGUGAGGCCGUGCUGGCCAUCUGCGCCGACGAGUCACCCGAGGGCAACCUCCCGGCGUCAUUUGCGGAUAUGCAGAAAAAUAUGGAGGAUGUGAUUGCGGAGGCCGAAGCGGAUGAUGAGGAAGAGGAGGAGGGGGACACGAAGAAAUCGGAUGCGCAGUUGAUGCUGUAUGCGUGUUUCCAUACGAUUAAGGAAACGUCGGCGGUUACGCAGGCUGUUGUGUGUCGGGCACCGUUGCCAAAGUCGAUGGGUGAGGAGGAUAACGCUACGGCGGUGCUUACCUACGAUCAGAUCGAGUCCGCGGGGAAUCUGCUCCGGACAUUGUUGGGCUCGAUUCGACACAGGGGUGCAUUUUCGGCAGUGCACACCUCCUUCGCAAGUCUCUGCGCCACCCUCCUAUCCUCCAACCAAUCCCAAUUGAUACACCUACCAGAGGCAUGGCUCAAGCAUUUCCUCGCGCAGGUCGUCUCAGUCGACACCUCCAUAACCCGCCGUUCCGCCGGCCUUCCUCUCGGCGUCCUAGCUGUCAUCACCGGCGCCCCACCCACCUCCCGCUCCUCCCUUCUCAAACUCACCUUUGCGCGUCUCUUCGCCAUCGCAGCCCAACCAGUCCCCGCCGACGCCAAUGAGCGGUUGGAUUUACCCCAAGUGCAUGCCUUCAACGUGGUCCGCGCCGUGUUGCAGGACGCGACAUUAGCACCGGAUUCACGACCGUUUCUGGGACAAGCCUUCGAGCUGUGCGUGAACGGGUUCUCGUCCCCGUGUUUCCCCGUCCGCAACUGCGCCGCGAUGCUGUUCAGCACCCUCGUCAACAAGAUCUUCGGGACCAAAAAAACAAAAGACGAGCAGCAUGCCGUGAACGCCCUGACUGCGCGGGAAUUCUUCGCGCGGUACCCCGCGUUGCACCCGUUGCUGUUGAGGGAGUUGUCGGCCGCGGCGGAGUUGUUGGAGACGAGGGUUGCGGUGCUGCAUCCGGCGUUAUACCCGAUCCUCAUGAUCCUCGCGCGGCUGAAACCGUCAGCAGUGGACGACCCGGAUGUGCCCACCACGACAUCUCUGACGCCGUUCAGACCCGUCGUGGCGCGCUGUGCUGCCGCGACGAUCUAUAAGGCGCGGGUGAUGGCCGCACAUGCGUUUGCGCCGCUUGUGCAGUCGGAGACGGUCGUUGGGGUUGUUGAGGGGCUGCUUGCCCCGUUGUCGUCCCCGGCGGGAAGGAUUGGACCGGGGCAGCAGAACGCGGUGCAUGGCGCGUUGUUGCAGGUACAGGCGGUGAUGAGGUUGCAUCUUGCGCAGCGGGUUGCGAGGGCUGGGGUGAGGAGGGAGGCGAUUGAACGGUUGCCUGUGGUGUUUGGACGGAUGAGGGGCGUGGAAACGGGGAUGUUCCCGUUGACGAGGGAGUUGUUUACGGGGCUUUUGACGGAGUUUUUCGUGGAGGCUGUGUGGGUUCGUGGUGGUGCCGGUGGGGAGGAGGAGGAGGAUUUGUCGAGGAUCGCGGAUGAGGCUUUUGCUCCCCUACGGCAAGCGUUGCUGGAGUCGGGCCUGCCUACACCUGCGCAUGAACUCAGUCAUGUACUGUCACCGUUGGACUACGCUAUUCGCCGCGCGCAAGCCACCCAGCUGCUCAAACUCCUCACCACCUCACCACGCACCGCAUCAAGCACGGCCACGACGACCGCGACUAUCAUCCGGCUCGUGACUGACGCUGAUUAUGAUGUGCAGCUUGACGCGUUGGGCUUCGUGGCAGAAAUCGUAGCGACCAACAAUCAGGAUAUAGGGAUAGAAGUUGACCCGCUGGUGAUGGCUCUGAAAGGACUGGUAUUAAGCAAAGCCCCAGGCCUAUACUACCGAGUCCGAACGGAAUCCGCCAGCCUCCUCGUACGCUUAUUCUCGCGCUACCACGCUGCAACAGCCGACACAGAGUCCUUCGCAACGGCCGUCACGACCGCCCUCUUGCUCCCCUCCUCCUCCACCGCCCCCGCCUCAAACAUCACCUCCGCCGAAGCCUACCUCCCCCUCCUCGGCGCCCUGUAUGCCCACCUCCCCACACCCACCCCAACCCUAAUCCGUAUUCUCUCCCACUGGACGCGAGACGACCAGCCCCUUAGCGUGCGGUUGGCUGCGGCCGAGUGUCUAAGACUUAUGCGGUUAGCUCAUAUUGUUGAGGGGGGGAAGGAGGAAAGGGAGGAAAGGCUUGUGGUGGAUCUGUUGUUUUUGCUGGAGCGGUUGUUGGAGGAUGAUGACCCGGAUGUGAGGGAGGUGGCCGCGGAGGUUGUCAGUGGGGAGGUUUUGGGGGUGAAGCAAACGGUGACGGCGGCACGGUGUCGAUUGCUGUUGGGACGGUACCUCGCGACCCGCAGCUGGACGCAUGCGUCUACGUCCAGUUAUGUGGUGGAAUGUUUCGCCGGGUUAUUGCUAGGGCCUAGUGCGAGUGCGGAGGGGCUGGCUGCGUUUGAAUCUGCGAUCAUUCCACCCGCACAAAACAAGCCUACUAAAGACUCGACCGGUACACCCUCCCCCAUCCUCUUCGCGAAAGAAGCCGCCAACCCUCGCCGCGAACCCUUCGUCGACGCCUAUAUCGCCUUUGGAAGUCUCACCGCCUUCCUGGCGCGCACAUCAUCGCCACCAUUAUCGCACCCACCACCCGCGUCCCUCCCAUCCUACAUCUCCUCCCUCCAAUCCAUCUUCCACCGCUUCCGCCAACACAAUCGGAAAGCAGACCCCCGAUUGACAUUCGACCAUGACGUGUUUGCCGCGUUGGCGCGGUAUGUGCUCGCUGUGCGGGUGGUUGCGGCGUGGCGAGGGGAGGAAGCGGAUACUCGGGAGGUGGUGGAGAUGUUUGAGGGAGGGGAGGUGCAUCCGAGUUUGGUGGCUGUAGUGGGGGAUUGUAGGGUUACGAGGGAGGUUUGUACGGGGAGUUUGUGAGGUUUGGGAGUCCUUAGGUGAAGCCCAGGAUUUAGAGGUUGACUAGUACUCUGGCGUAUUUGAGUGUGGUUU